AUGAUAUGGGGGGCACCAUCUUGGUCAGAUGUAAGUGUCCAGUUAACACACGGAUUUCCACGCCGGCUCAUCAAGGCCAAGCAUGGGGGUUUUACAGAGACAAAUGUCACAUGCACUAGCAAGGUAACAAAUGCGAUGCUUCGGAAAUUUGCCAAGGAAGACGUCUUGUCCCUCUGUUCCCAAGAUGUAAUUGAGAAAACAAGCCUUACAGUCACGGAGCUGGCGUACAGCAGGUUGUCAUCUAUCAACAUCAAACAGGCACUUGGAAGGAGUAAUGUACGUCUUCAGGAAGCUAUGUACCGGUAUGGUAUAGAUUUUCUUAAAUUCAAACCUCUCGGAAAAGAAUCCCUCCGGGAGCUAAGCGAGUUUGUCCAGAAAAGACGUGUAAGCCACUUGCCUUCAAGCGAAGAAGAUGUUAGUGAAGGUGAAGCUGAGGCUGACGAGCAAAGCUCGCAGUUGAUGUCCGAUCGAAUUGUCAAAGAAGUGAUGGGCGAUGGCCGGCCAUUAGAAAAUUCACAAAAUGAAAAACUGCUUACCUCAAAGCUUACUUCCAAGAUGACUCACUUCAAGGAAUCAGCUGAAUCCAAGGGGAAGGCACGGCCAUCGUCUGCAGCGUCAUUGCCUGUAGCUGAAGGUACAAUGCCAGCUACAUCAGGGGAAGCCUCUACAUCAGGGGCAACGGCAUCCACAGCAGCAAAAGCAGCAAUUCCGGAGGAUUCAAAGGCUUCUAAGGUGAUUUCCUUGACUGAGGAAGAGCAGCUACUUGCAAUGCUGAACAAAGCUGCCCGAAUGCUUGGCAUUGACAGGGAUGAUUGGGAGACAUUGCAGAAGUUGCACUUUGAGAAAGCUGCAAGUUUUUUAUCAAAAGUUGGUCCCAACUCUGCAAUCUGCUCAUCGCCUGCCUUCACAUAUAACACCGACAGAACCAGGAUAAACACAGCACUGAUCUCUUACUUGGACUCGCAAAAUAUUAAGGUCUUGUGCAGGUGCACAAGACAGUGUAGGUACACGAAUCCUAAUGAAAGCCAGCCAACCAUCAAAGACAACAUAGGUUCAGCUUGCGAUAUCCCAGACUGUCCGAUGUGUGAUUUGGUUAGUCACGUAAAGUCUCUAUUUAAAACUUGUCCUCAAUUCUUUUCUUUUCAAAUUAGCAUUGCUGCUAUCCUCUGCAAUCUAAGACGCUGCUCGCAAGACAAAGACGCCUGCAGCACAGCAAAACUGGAAAGAUUCGUAUCCGACAGCUUUAACAUAGGUAGAACGAGAUUCUACCAGCUUUGCAAUGUUGGUGAGAUAACCAGAAUAGCCCCGCAGUUAAAAGAUGUGAAUCCUUCCAAACAUAACACGUGUUUUUGGGAGGUCUUUUCAAAUUUGGGAGCUGUGAUAAAAAAACUCGACGAUCCUCAAGGUAAACAGUUUGUGAUGUUGUAUUGGAAGAUUCGGGUGCUUGCCGUGUGUAAACUGUUAAACUAUCCGCUAGAUAUCCUGGAGCAGUGGCUUCUGAAGACAAAGUCUGACUCCAAAGAACUGGAAAAGAUUUUCCAAGAGAAGAAGCUCUUUACUGACAGCCAAGUGGAAAGCUGGAAAGAGGAGAACAUUAUUUUGUAAAAACUCAUUUUAUUAAUUUUCAUAUUAUUAAAUAAUCAUUUGCAAAAAUGACAUUUUAUUAAACAGAACUAAUGGUCGUCAGCAUCACUUAAGCAAGGGUACAUGAACCUAGGGUUUAAGAACUUUCUUGCAGAAAUUUGCCUUUUCAAUUCUGCAAACUUUACACUUCUGUUAAGCCAAGCAAUCUGGUAUAAGCUCAUUUUUGUGGGACGUAACUAAUUAAUUAAGAUGUAUUUUUACCAAAAGAACCAAAAAGGUAACAGAAAAUUGAAUUGUUGAAAUAGAACUAUGUUAAAUAUAUGUUAGAUAUUAUGUUAAAUAUCAGCUGUUAUUAUGAAACAGUUCUUGCUAUAA